CUUUUUGUCUAACCCCUGUGUUCGGACCCCUUAAAAAUCAAAAUGUUGGUUAACUCCACAACGACGGCCUCCACACCCACUCCGGGUUCCAGUUCUUCGACCAGCAAUACCCUGGAACCAGCCCAUACCAUAUCCACAAACUCCUCCUCAUCGCAGUUGCAUCAACAUUUGCAACAGCAGCAGCAACACCAACAUCAACGCGAUAGCCAUGCAUCCUCUUCAUCGGUUUCGGCUUCCUCGUCCGCCCAAUCCUAUACACAGGUUCAUCAACAGCAGCACUUAUCCGCUAAUUUAAAUUCACGUCCACCCUCACGUGCUCCCUCGAUUUUGGAUAGUCCAACAUUGGCACGUGUAGAACGUGCCCGGCUUCGUUUGGAAGCAUCCGCUCAGCAGCAGCAGCAAAGCGGAAAUUUGAAUGGCAGCUGUGGCAGCAACAUCAACACACUGAAUCGCGAGGAUAGUUUGGAGCGCUCGAUAUUGGAUCCAAAGCAAAAAGAUGUACCCUGGCAUCAGGUAUGGACACAUAUGAAACGUCUAUCCCACGCCUCCAAAGUCAAUUCGACGACAACGUUGUGUGCCCAGAAAACCGAUCUCUCGACAACGGGCAAAUCCAUAAUAUUUCCCGAUAGAACAGCCUCCCUUAAAGACACGUUGUGUGCGCAGCAGGUGUUUUCAAGGCCAGAUAUGCAAUCUCUGUUGGCAGGACGUAUACCGGUAGCCUCAAUGACGGGUCCAAUUAAACGCGGCCUUUUAUGGCAGCAACGUGAUCGUUUGUUUUCACGAUGGAAAGAAAGAUAUUUUGUUUUGACACGUGACUAUCUGCAUUGUUUUAAAAGAGCAUCAGGUUCAGCCAAUGAACGUGCCUCCGACAUGGGACAAUUUAUAUUUAAGGUCAAAUUGGUUGAUGUGGAAAAAGUGGAAUGGUUAAAUCGUCGCUCCUACAGUGCUAUUGGCUUACUUCUGGGACGUGAGGGUAGAGUUUUAUUACGAUGCGAUGAAGGCCUCGAAGAUUGGUUCGAACUGUUGGAGGAAUGUACCAUUACCUCCAAGGAACGUCGUCGUGCCCUGAAAAUAGCCCAAGGUCCCAGAUCCCGAGCCUCCUUGGCUGCACCCGUCUCACAUGCUUCACUACAAUCGAAUCAUUUCGGUUUGGGUGGUACCUAUUCGAGUGCUUUGGACGAUUGGUUGAUGACCAAUGGCAGUGGUAUGGGUGUUGGACGUGGCCAAAAACUGGUGACCAACAGUAUGUGUGGUUAUGGUGGUAACAAUCCAUUCCUCUUCUCGGACUCGGUACCCGAUCUGAGUGCCCUAAAUAAUGAAAAUCAUAAUCACAUCAGUGGUAUGUCCACCAAUCAUUCAACCCCGCAGAAGAUACCCUAUUCGGCUGCGGCCGCGGCCAGCGGUAACAAUAGUCGUUACUCGAAUGGUUACUCGUCGCAGAAUUCAUCGUUUUCGAAUUGCAAUGGCUUGUACGGUUCACCCAGGCGUAUAUUCAUCAACAGCAGUUUCGGUUCGACUCACAUUGUCGACGAGGAGGCUGAGGAUGGUGAAGUUGAGCUAAGACGUCCACGCAUUUUCCGCCAUUUGAGUACGGAAAAUGGUAACGAAUUGGAUCGUGAUUGGUUGUAUCGCAAGCCAAGGGCACCCACAGAUAUGAGACAUUCAGUCCAACCCAUGUUGCCUACCCACAAUAACUCGAACAACAGCUCCAGCAAGUUGAUUACCACAGACUUGGAUUAUUCCGCCCAUGACAGUGGCCUUGAUACCCCACCCUCAACACAUCGUCCGUCCAGUUAUCGUGAAGCCCCCAACCAACAUCAACCCUCUCCCCGUGACUCCACCGAAACCUCGGUCAGUUCAUCGCGUGGCACAAUGCUUAACUCUCCAGGUGGCAGUUUUCGUGCCAAACACUUGCAACAAGUCAGCAAUUUGAAUCAGGUCAAUGCCCUGCAUGGUUCACGUUAUAGCGUACAGGAACGUAUCCUCAAGAUACGCAAUGAGGAGGAUCGUUGUGCCUCCAUUAAGUCAGGCAAUCGUGCCAAUAUGAACUCGGAAAUGUAUGAUCCAAAUCAGAAUCGUUAUUAUAAGAAUGGCAACCAAUCGCCGGUGGCAUCGUUGACACCGCAACACACACCGGUCAAGAUGCAACAUCUGCAUCCUCAAAUGAAUGGAAAUAAUGGCAAUAAUAACGGUACUCUGAAUGGUAAUAUGCCUAAUGGUUCGGCCAUAUUCCGGGAACGUUAUCAACAUCCAGCCUUGGCGGCCAUCAUCAAUGAGGCUCAGGGUAUGAAGUUCAGAGAUCGUUCAUAUUCCGAUUGCCAACAAAUGCCACCGAGGCGCAGUGUCAACAACAAUCCAUCACCGUUGACCACCCGGCGCAAUCAUGUUAAUCCAAUAUUUGGCACCCCCACCCGGGUAUAGCGGCUAAAGAUCUAAAACGAUGGGAAAAUAAAUGAAGCAACUGACUACAAGGAGAGAGAGCUAACAAUUGAUUGAAACAAUUUGUUUGGAAAACCCAAAAACAAACAAAUUAAGGAAAUUAAUAAAUUAAAAAAAAAAAAAAAACUAAAAACACAUUGGAAAUAAAACAGGUUUAGUAAAAUAUUAUUCGAAAAUAAAAUUAAAUUUAAAUGAAUAGAUGAAAAUAAUUUACAUUAAAAUAUUGAAAACUAAAUGGAAAAAUUAAUUAAUUAACAAACUUAUGCUGCUGAUUAGCUAUAACUCUUAGUAUACAUCUACAUAUGAACCAUAUACGUAAAUAUCCAGCUUUUUGAUAUGAUACAAGAACUAGAAAUGAAAAUAACAACAACAAAAAAUUAAAAACAAUUUAUUACACAAAAAAAUGAUUACUAGAAUUACACAGUGCUGCAUAAAAAAUCAACUGAAGACAUUAAUUGUGCUUAAAUUUAAAUUUACUUCCGAAGGUGAAAUAUUCCAUAGCAAAGUGAUCAAAUAUAAGAAAAUU